AGUGAAUAGUCCUCGCGCGAGCGGGACGCGGUGGUGGAUGCAAUUCCGCUCGCCCACCGCCGCCGGGAGCUCCCUGGCGCCGCAGGCAGCGUCCUCCUCCGGAGCAGCGGCGCCGGCACCUGGACAGCCUGGACCUUCGCGCCCUGCGCUCGGGGCCUCGCGCGGGGGGCGCCCCGGGACACCCCCUGCGGGCAGGGUGGAGGAGGAAGAGGAGGAGGAGGAAGACGUGGACCAGGUCCCCUACCCUACACGGAACACCUGGCUGCGCGGCUGCCACUUCUCUUUCAGGGGGAGGAGAGGAGAGCCUGGGAGAGCCAUGGGGGGCUGCGAAGUCCGAGAAUUUCUUUGGCAAUUAGGUUUCUUCUUGCCUUUGCUGACAGUUUGGCCGGGAGACUGCAGCCACGUCUCCAACAACCAAGUUGUGUUGCUUGAUACAACAACUGUGCUGGGAGAGCUAGGAUGGAAAACAUAUCCAUUAAAUGGGUGGGAUGCCAUUACUGAAAUGGAUGAACAUAACAGGCCCAUUCACACAUACCAGGUAUGCAAUGUAAUGGAACCAAAUCAAAACAAUUGGCUUCGUACAAACUGGAUCUCCCGAGAUGCAGCUCAGAAAAUUUAUGUGGAAAUGAAGUUCACACUGAGGGAUUGUAACAGCAUCCCAUGGGUCUUGGGGACUUGCAAAGAAACAUUUAAUCUGUAUUAUGUGGAAUCAGAUGAGUCCCAUGGAAUUAAAUUCAAGCCAAGCCAGUAUACAAAGAUCGAUACAAUUGCUGCUGAUGAAAGUUUUACCCAGAUGGAUUUGGGUGAUCGCAUCCUCAAACUCAACACUGAAAUUCGUGAGGUGGGGCCUAUAGAAAGGAAAGGAUUUUAUCUGGCUUUUCAAGACAUUGGGGCAUGCAUUGCCCUGGUAUCAGUCCGUGUUUUCUACAAAAAGUGCCCCUUCACUGUACGUAACUUGGCCAUGUUUCCUGACACCAUCCCAAGGGUUGACUCUUCCUCUUUGGUUGAAGUAAGGGGUGCUUGUGUGAAGAGUGCAGAAGAGCGUGACACUCCUAAACUAUAUUGUGGAGCUGAUGGAGAUUGGCUGGUUCCUCUUGGAAGGUGCAUCUGCAGUACAGGAUAUGAAGAGAUCGAGGGUUCUUGCCAUGCUUGCAGACCAGGAUUCUAUAAAGCAUUUGCUGGGAACACAAAAUGUUCUAAAUGCCCUCCACACAGUUUAACCUACAUGGAAGCAACUUCGGUCUGUCAGUGUGAAAAGGGUUACUUCCGGGCUGAAAAAGACCCACCUUCCAUGGCAUGUACCAGGCCACCUUCAGCUCCUAGGAAUGUGGUUUUUAACAUCAAUGAAACAGCCCUUAUUUUGGAAUGGAGCCCACCAAGUGACACAGGAGGGAGAAAAGAUCUCACAUACAGUGUAAUCUGUAAGAAAUGUGGCUUAGACACCAGCCAGUGUGAGGACUGUGGUGGAGGACUCCGCUUCAUCCCAAGACAUACUGGCCUGAUCAACAAUUCCGUGAUAGUUCUUGACUUUGUGUCUCACGUGAAUUAUACCUUUGAAAUAGAAGCCAUGAAUGGAGUUUCUGAGUUGAGUUUUUCUCCCAAGCCAUUCACAGCCAUUACAGUGACCACAGAUCAAGACG